AUGGCUGCGACUACAAAAAUAUCGAAAGCUCUUACUUCAAGCGGAAUCCGAUUGCCGCCCCUACCGACAAUUCGCGACCUUGUAAAAUUGUACCAGCUGCGUGCUAUCAAGCAGUUGUCGCAAAACUUCCUCAUGGAUGAGCGGCUGACGAAUAAAAUAGUGCGCGCGGCAGGGAACAUUCGGGACCACUACGUGCUUGAAGUUGGACCUGGACCGGGCGGUAUAACCCGUUCGAUCAUUCGCCAAAAUCCACGCCAUCUCGUGGUGGUAGAAAAGGAUCGACGCUUCAUGCCCACGAUGGAAAUGCUGGCGGAGGUGGCCCAACCGUUCCUACGAAUGGAAAUCGUAAGAGGAGACAUACUGGAUUAUCGAAUCGAGCACGCCUUUCCCGACUGUCCGCAGCACGAUUGGAUGGAUGAGCGACGGGCGCCGGUACAUCUAAUCGGAAACCUUCCGUUCGCUAUCUCCACACGUCUGCUUAUUAACUGGCUGCGAGAUAUGAGCCUUCGACGAGGCGCCUGGUCGUAUGGGCGAGCCAGCUUGACGCUUACUUUUCAGAAAGAGGUAGCUGAACGGAUCGUUGCACCGAUACUGUCCGAUCAACGUUGCCGCCUCUCCGUGAUGAAUCAAAUCUGGAGCAAACCGGAAUUACGCUUCAUGAUCUCGGGCCGAGCAUUUGUGCCGAAACCGGACGUCGACGUUGGUGUCGUUACGAUUGUCCCACUACAGACACCUUUAACGCAGGUGCACUUCGACACGGUUGAGAAGGUCGUACGGCACAUAUUUUCCAUGCGGCAAAAGUACUGCCGACGAGGUGUAUCCAAUCUGUACCCACCGGCGAUGCGCGAGGAACUUACAGAGGCUACAUUCAAGAAAGCGGACGUUGAUCCUCUGGCGCGCUCUUUCCAGUUGUCGGUGGCCGAAUGUUUGCGCAUCGUGGAGGCAUACGAUGAAUUGCUAAAACAGCAUCCAGAAAUUGCCGGAUAUGAUUACCGUGCAGCAAAAGUCAAAGGAGUAGCAAGCGUGGAUGAUGAACUGGAUAGUGACGUAGAGCGAUAAUUCUGGUGCAUGUGACAUGUUUAUGAAUAGUAAUAAAGAUGUGAAAUCGUAGAAGCA